GUAUUAGGAAGGUAGAGGACAGUAAUUAAAACAUGUGGUGUCUUCAUCUGAUUCUUUUCUGCGCCAGCUUGGUCGUCACUGCUGGAGAACUUGUUCCCGGCGUACCCCCGGCGAUAGGAGAACCCCCUUACCUCCCGGGACAGCUGAAACCAGACGAGAUGUGUCGUUUACAUUAUAAAGAUAAAGGUGCACACAUGGUGAAGGAUCCCGAGCUCGUUGGUGAUCUGAUUUGCAUUAUUAAAUUGCCAUGCAAACUUUCAAAUGGUGUAGUAAAAGAAAUGCCUGGAACACCUAGAAAUUAUGUAAUCUGUGACAAAGGCAUGGUAAGUACAAUCAGGAGUGUUCGAUAUUUUUUAUUUCAGAAUAAAAAAUGAGGAUUCUUUUUUUCUGGUAGAUUU